AUGGUGCGAACGCUAAGUGUUUUGCUACUGGUGGUUGUUUGUUUGCGGGGUAUGAAUACUCAGAAUAAUGAAUCGAACGCCUCACAGUCGAGUUCGCCAACAGCAAGCAGCACAGCGAGCGUAAACACGUCCAGUGAUGCUUCGACAACCAGCUCCACAAUGACCACAGAAAGCAGCACAUCAACCGCAACUGUGUCCAGUGAGACAUCUGCACCCAGCUCCACGGUGACCGCACAAAGCAGCACACCCACUGCAACCGUGUCCAGUGAUGCUUCGACAACCAGCACCACAAUGACCGCACGAAGCAGCUCAGCGAGUGCAACCGCGUCCAGUGAGACACGUGCACCCAGCUCUACAAUGACCACACAAAAUGCAUCUACCACUAGUGGGUCCGUGCGGCUUCCGAUUCAAACAACCAGAUGUAUUUUGCUAUUCAUCUUCGGCGUUGCGUUCUUCUGA